UGAUGCCAAUACUAAUUUGAAUGCAAUAUGCAUGUAUUAAUACUGGGAUUCUGGAGGUUACUGGUGCCAAGUACCCUAUAUCACAUGAAACACAUUAACAAUCAUUAAUAAGCAUUUCUAAAGUAGAGGGUUGCAAUUUUUAUAACUCAAUUAUAGGAUAUAAUAGGGUUUCAUUGGGAGAGGAUGAAAUGUACAUGUAUAUGUGCAUGAAAUACUGGUAGGAUAUUAUUGGCACUAAGUUUAGUGGAUAUAUGAAUACCGGUAUGCAUUAUUCCCUACGUCACAGACGUGCCUCGUGGGUACCAUGCACCACGCCCCCUCAGCAAUAGUCUGGAGCUCAGUUUCUUUAUAUUUAAAUGUUUCAUCUUAUUGAUUUUCUGUAAACCUCUUCACUUAAUAUGAUAUGAAUGUUUACUGAUUUUGUGUGUGUAAAUAAAUUCAUAUGUUUGAAAAAUUAAAUUUAUAAUUUUUUGCAACAAUAAGACAUUAUUUAGAGUAGAAAUUAUAGAAACGGUUCCCACCCCCAAAACUCGCGUCUUGAAUUGAGCCUAGUUGUAAAAACUGUUGACAACUGCCAGCUGACUUAUUAGCUAAAGGAGUAAGGUCUUUGACGUGAUAUUUUACCUGACAAUCAUUCAAAACACCACAAAAAGUGGCGUUUAUUUUACGGCAAGCUGCUCAGUGGUUUUCCAAGAUGAAUGGCCGCAUAUUCUUAGUAACGGGUGCUACAAAUGGCAUAGGGCAGCACACGGCUCUCUCACUCGCUAAGACCGGCGCGACAGUCCUUGUUCACGGGAGAGCUCCGGCGAGGGUUGAAGCCACCGUAGCGGACAUCAAGAAGGCAACUGGUAAUGAAAACAUCAAAGGCUACAUUGCUGAUCUCGCCAGUUUGGCAAAUAUCCGCCGUCUAUCAGAUGAACUCCACGCCUCUCAAAAGCACAUUGACGUCCUAAUCAACAAUGCUGGUGUGUAUGAGAAGAUGAGACAUGAAUCGAAUGAUGGAUAUGAAUUGACCUUUGCUGUGAAUGUCAUGGCACCUUUCUUGCUGACAUCUCUCCUUCUGGACCUCCUAAAGGCUGGUAAUAAAAGCAGGAUUGUUAAUGUCAGUUCCGUCUCCCAGUCCAGUUUUCUUGAUCUUGAUAACUUACAACUCAAACAUGAUUAUGGCAAGGGUAAUAAAGCGUAUGAGCAGUCUAAACUAUGUGAUAUAAUGUUUACCAUAGACAUGGCUGAACGAUUCCGUAAAGAUGGCAUCACAGUGAACUGUUUAGACCCAGGAACUGUCAAUACCCAGAUGCUACUGAAAGGAUGGGGAGCAAUAGGAAUUCCCACUGACGAGGCAGAUAAUGAAUUUCAUCUUGCAACUGAUGCAAAAUUUGAAGAUGUCACUGGGGAGUAUUUUGUGGAUAUGAGAAAAACUAGGGCCUCAGCAGUAGCUUAUGACAAUCAGCUCAGAGGGAAACUUUGGAAACACCUUGUGGACAUAACUGGUGCACAGUAUGACUAGAUGUUUUUUUUUAAUUUGAUAUGCAGGUUUUGUGUACUAUUGUCAUAAACUUUAGUGAAUAUUAUUUUAGAUUCAUUCGCAAAGUAAUGAUACUAUUUGAAUAAAAUGUUCACUCCUAAUUUGAAUUUUACUUUGAUUUAUUUGUUUUUCCUUUUUGUGAUUGUCCAUGGAGUUGUUAAUAUACAUGUCUGUAGAUUAAUGUUAUUAUAUACAUACAUCACAAAAGGAUAGUUACUUGGAUUUAUUGCACUUUAAAAGAUGAUAAUUUUUAGCUGUAUUUUUAUCAUCACUUUUCAAUGUUUUGUACAUGUAAUACUUAUUUGAUUCUCUUAUGAUUUAAAAUAUGUCUUGUAAAUAUUUCAAAGUGCCAUACUCAACAAUUUUUCAUCCGAUAUCUAUAUAACUCUUAUCUCUUGUUUAUGGAGCAUAACUACAUGUACAUGUAUUCUGGACAGAUCUUGCAUUAAUUCUUAUAUAGUGUGCCUAUAUUAGCACAUUAUUUGUAGUACACAACUUGUUGUACUUUGAUAUUUUUAUGAUGUAAUCGCAGACAGAGUUAACUUUUUCUUUUUAAGUGAACAUGCCUUCCUAUACUUAAUUCUCUUAUUUUUUCUUCCAUUUACUAUUUUUUCUUUCCUAUCAACGUUCUGUUAUACAAUAUGUAAUUUUCAUAAUAAUAUCUAUAAAGUUCUCUCAGUAACUGUGUUAACUUAUUAUGGGCGUUCCCAACUCAAGCUAUGCUUUUCUGGUUUUUGCCUUCAUGCAUCUGAAUUAUUAAAUGUAUAAUCUAUGUUGAAAUCAUUGUUACAUAUAUAAUACAAUUUAUAUAUAAACAUUGUGUGUUUAAUAUUGGAAUGUUCAGAAGGAAAUAAAUGUCAAUAGAUACAAGUACAUUGAAUACAUUGCCCUGUCUAUUUGUCUUUUUUUAUAUAUCAUUUCGAUUUUUAUCCAUUUGUUACCUUGUCAGAUCAUUAAAUUUAAAAAUGGAAACUUUGGACAAUAUGAAGUUGUAUUCAUUGUCCAAACCAUGGACCAAAAUAAGAGAGUGGUGUAGCGCCAUCUAGAGGUUGGCAAUGUUAAUUAUUUCAGCAACACAAUGCAUUUCUUACUUGGGCCAGUUGGGGGAUUAGGUAUUUGUGUUCAUUUGUUUUAUUUUGGGCUAAUUAACAGGUACAUUUUGUCAACAAGUGUAUUUGUUUUUUUGUAUUUUUAUAGAUUUGAAAUAGUGAAAUAUUUGAAAAAGCUUUUAUCAGUUUAUAUAACAACCAUCUGAAACAUCUUUACACAUUAUAAAGUAAAUUCUGAUUUUGUCUUCUGGAAUGCACCAGGCACUUCCAUAAGUUCUUAUGUUGUACUCUUUAAAUACUAUUGGCAUAAUAUUUGUAGUAGAUAGCUUGUAAUGUUGGGUAUAUCUUUAUUGUAUAUUAGUUUUUUAGACAUUUAUUUCGUUUCAUGGCUAAUCUAAUAAAUUUCAAUUAAUGUGCAGACAUAUAAAGUCAGUGCAUUAUACUGUACAUUUA